AUCCCAACCCGUUUUGGUUAUCAUUGAUAGAUUGGAAAAAACCGAACCCUAAAAAGUGAUUUGCAUUUUACAAACACCCAUCAAAUUUUAAUUGGAAGUGAUUGUUUAUCUUUAUUAUUUCAAUUUAUAUUUAGCUAAAAAUUUUCUAGCAUGUCGUAGCAUUAAUUUUUAAAAUACUUGUUUUAUAAAAUUUAAGAAUCUUACAAACGAUACACAUGCUAUUAAGCAGAAAUAAUUUUUCAUUCUCUAUUAUAUAGUUCACAGUAUUUAGUAACUAUAUUAUCUGUAUUUUCCACUGAAUUAUGACGGAGGUAGCCAGAAAUAAUGAGGCAGCACAUUCAUCAAACAAUGAGAAUGGUGGUGAUGUUGAACCUGCUCCAAAUGAACCUCAACAAGGAAGAUUUAAUAUGUUUUUUUCAGUUGUUAAAACAUUAAUUGUUCGAUCUCUAAUUAUUUACUUUAUUACAUCGAUGUUUAAGAAACCAAGUACUACCCCAACGAAUGGAGUAGCACCUAUAGAUACAAUUCCAAAUGCUAAUUUUUUUGAAGAUGGAGCACAAUUUGAUAUGUAUGUUUACUUGUCAGAAGAAAAAUUUUUACAAUCAUUUAAUGAUAAAGACCUUAUAUGGAAAAAAACUAAUUUAUUGUAUGGUGACUGGAAUUCAGGUCCUAACAACGAUGGAACAUAUACUUUACAAACAUCUUUUAUUCCAUCAGAAAAUUUGCAAAAUAAUGGAUCUAUAUAUUUACAUGUUUAUUUCAUCAAAAAAUCACAUAAGAAUAUUAAUAAACUUGAUCCUUAUGUUGUUUAUGCAUCUAAACAAUUAAACAAGUAUAAAAAAGUAAAAUUCUCAAAAACACAUAAUUUACUUACAGGUGAAACAUCAGCUACACCUGAGCAUAUAGAAAAAGCUGAAAAACUUGAGACUGAAAUAAUGUCACAUUGGCAUCCAAAUUUAACCAUCUGUUUAGUUACUGAUCAAACCAAUUGGACAAAAGGAUCUCUACCACAACCAUUUAGUGACUAUUUAGAAUUUUUGCCUGAACAUCAAUAUAAGCCAAUGGUAUAUUUUAAUGAUUUUUGGAAUAUGCUUAGAGAUUACCAGCCAAUCAAUAAAACUGUGAAGCAUUUAGACUUGUCUUUAACAUUCCAACCAUUAUCAUUGUUUAAGUGGCAAAUGUUUUCUGCUCAGACAAUGCGAAAUAAAUGGACUUCUGGAUUUUUAGGAGAUGCUUUUGGAGGUGAAUCUAAUGAAGAUGAUCAAGAUCAAGAUUCUUUAAAAGAAGCAUUAUUAGAAACUUCUCCUUAUAUAUUAGCUGCUACUAUAAUUGUUUCAAUAUUACACAGUGUUUUUGAGUUAUUAGCUUUCAAAAAUGAUAUUCAAUUUUGGAAGGAAAGAAAAUCUUUAGAAGGUUUAUCAGUUCGAGCUGUAUUCUUCAAUGUGUUCCAAUCUAUUGUUGUACUAUUAUAUGUGCUUGAUAACGAUACAAACACUAUAAUACGUAUUAGUUGUUUUGUUGGUUUAGCUAUAGAAUGUUGGAAAAUUAAUAAGGUGUUAGACAUUAGCUUAGAUCGCCAAACUCUGUAUUUAGGUGUAAUUCCUAAGGUUGUUUUUAAAGAAAAAGGUUCUUAUGCAGAAUCUAGUACAAAAGAGUAUGAUCAAUUGGCUUUUAAAUAUUUAUCAUGGGUAUUGUUUCCUCUACUUUUUGCGUAUGCAGUUUAUUCAUUAAUUUAUGAAGAACACAAAGGAUGGUAUUCGUGGGUUCUUAAUAUGCUGUAUGGUUUUCUAUUAAUGUUUGGCUUUAUUACUAUGACACCACAGUUAUUUAUCAACUACAAACUGAAAUCUGUAGCUCAUCUACCUUGGAGAAUGAUGUCUUAUAAGUGUUUAAAUACAUUUAUUGAUGAUAUAUUUGCAUUUGUGAUCAAAAUGCCCACCAUGUAUCGUUUAGGUUGUUUUAGGGAUGAUGUUGUAUUUUUUAUAUUUUUAUAUCAAAGAUGGAUAUAUAGAGUAGAUCCCACAAGAGUGAAUGAAUUUGGUUAUGCUGCAAUACCGCCCGAAGAAGAAACUCAAGCAAUUGAAGAAGAGAAAAAUAAAGAUGAUAAAAAGAAUGAUUAAUUUAUAGUUAAUAAUUUACUAAAAACUUUUUUUAUAAGUCAGUAGAAUAUAGAAUAAAUUUUUUUUAUAAACAAAGUAUCAUGUAUCAGUUAGACAAUUCAACUAUUAUUCAAAUAAUGGAAUCUAAAUUAUCAUUGUUUCAUUUUUCUUUUUUGGUGGGAUUAGCACCUAAUUAUUAUGGUAGUAUUUAAGACCAAAGGCGUGUGAAUAAAAUUAUUUGUGUUUUAUAUUGUUGAGAAUAUAAAUUAAAAUUUAUUAUAUAAUAAUAUAAAAUAUUAA